UCAAACGCGCCACCAUGCUCUUCCUUCUUCUCCUCCUCCUCUUCUCAUCAUCAUCAUCAUCAUCAUCAUCAUCAUCAUCAUCCGCCAUUACUGACCUCGAGCAAGCUCAGCUCCAUCUCUUCCAGCAAUACCUCCGCAUCAACACCUCUCACCCUUCCCCAGACUAUACCUCGGCUGUCUCCUUCCUCUCCGCCCAAGCCCUCUCCAUCCCUCUCAUCUCCCAGACCCUUUUCUUCUCCCCCUCCAAACCCCUCCUCCUCCUCUCCUGGCCCGGCUCCGACCCUUCCCUCCCUUCCAUCCUCCUCAACUCCCACAUCGACAGCGUCCCCGUCGAACCCUCAAAGUGGUCACACCCUCCCUACGCUGCCCACCGCGACUCCCAUGGUCGCAUCUUCGCCCGCGGCUCCCAGGACGACAAGUGCCUCGCCAUCCAGUACCUUGAAGCCCUCCGCGCUCUCAAGGCCUCCGGCUUCUCCCCUCUCCGAUCAAUCCAUGUCUCCCUUGUCCCCGAUGAGGAGAUCGGCGGAGCUGAUGGACUUGCUAAGUUUGUGGAGUCUGACGAGUUCAAGAAGCUCAAUGUAGGGUUUGUUCUCGAUGAGGGGCAGGCGUCGCCGACGGAUGAGUUCCGGGUCUUUUAUGCGGACAGGUUGCCGUGGUCCUUGGUUGUGAAGGCCGUUGGUUCUCCGGGCCAUGGGUCGAGGAUGUAUGAUGGUGCUGCGUUGGAGAAUUUGAUGGAGUGUGUGGAGACCAUUGCUAGAUUUCGAGAUAACCAGUUUGAUCUUGUCAAGGCUGGGAUUUUGGCUGCUUCAGAGGUCAUCUCUAUCAAUCCAAUCUUCAUGAAAGCCGGCAUUCCAUCACCCACAGGUUUUGUUAUGAAUGUGCAACCUUCAGAGGGUGAGGUAGGGUAUGAUGUUCGAGUUCCACCAACUGUAAACAUUGAAUUCUUGAGGAAAAGGCUUGAUGAGGAAUGGGCUCCAGUUAUCCGCAACUUGACUUAUGAGUUGUUCCUGAAAGGACCAAAGUUAAGUGAUAAUGGUGGCCGUCCACUAUCGACUGCAACAGAUGAAUCAAACCCUUGGUGGUCUGUUUUUACAAAAGCCAUUAUUGCAUCUGGGGGAAAACUUUCUAAGCCUGAAAUUUUAGCAUCCACAACCGAUGCUCGGUUCAUCAGACAGUUUGGUAUCCCUGCUCUUGGAUUCUCACCAAUGGCCAAUACUCCCAUCCUACUUCAUGAACACAAUGAGCAUUUAAAGGAUACCGUGUUUCUGAGGGGUAUUAAAGUGUAUGAGCAUGUAAUUACUGCUUUGAGUUCCUUUCCUGGAAAUUCAUCAUAAGAUUAUUACUUAAGGUGGAAGUGAUGGGCAAGUUUAUUGAAGGUAUGCCAAUUUGUUCAUCAUUUUUCAGUCAUGUCAUGAAAUUGUGUUGUAUUUUAUCUUGUCUCUCUUUAGAAAGAUGGAUUUAUAAUAAUUCUUUACAUGCAAGAAAACUACUUAUUACCUCAUCUUCUUGUCAUGCUUGUUCUUUCUUGUCUCUCUAAUUGUAUCGACUUUGGAAUGAUGCAAGCUUAAAAUCACCAAAUGCUUGUUUCAGUUAUCAACCAUGUCAUUUAAUAUAAUAAGCAUAAAGAUUAAACCAAUUUUCUCAUC